AUGGGAGGCGGCGCGGUGGCGGCGUCCGCCGACGAGGAGCGACCCUUCUGGGCGGCGCCGCCCUCGCAGCCGCAGCCACUGGCGCCGGUGCAGGUGCAGCUGGGGCGCGUGCCCUCGGACGCCGACGUCUUCUACGAUCCCGUGGACAGCCCUGUGGAAGUGGCGCCGCCUGCGGCUGUGGCAGCCCCACUGCAGACCUGUUCUUCAGACAGUGACAGCUCUGAGGUGCUGUUCUUCGACCCCGAGUCGAGCACGAGCAACUGCAGCAGCGCCGGCGAGGAUGAGGCGUUCGCGGCGUACAACGGGCGCGCCGCCUCCUCCGGCUCGGAGUCGACCUCGACGUCGACUUCGGACACGGGCACGCUGUCCGGCCUGUCCAGCAGCUCCUCCAGCGCCGUGCACGUUCAGCUGCCGGGACACGCUAGCGCCAGCGCCAGCGACGAUAGCAGAUCGACUAGGACACCGAGUGAAGAGACCCGGUCGUCUCCUCGAUCGCAGUCGGCAAGUGACGAUAGUCGACCCCUGAGCGAGCUGUCUGCGCUCGAACCGACGCCGAGCUCGUAUUCCACGAUAGAAGAUUCGGUCGCCACGGCAGAGUUUUCCGUCUUGGAGGACGGAGUGCCCCCUGAGUCGGACAGGCUGAAGGGAAUGCCAGAAGAGGAGGCGGAGGAGGCGCUGAGUGCAGUCGUGAGAAGGCUGGGGCUCACCAACGGCGGAGCUGGACGCGGCGGGUGCGACUGCGUAGUGCGCCUGCAUAAUGGCAAGUGCGUCAUCCACCACAACAGUCUGCAUAACGGAACAGACGCGUUGCACCACCGGCCCCAGAGCGAAGUCGACCGCCUCAAAGGCUCGACCCACCAGGAGGACAGUAACGGAGCGGCACUGAACGGAGAUUCGGAGACUGAAUACGAGAGGACAUUUGUGUCCGUCGACUUGCAGAUGAACUGUCAGCUAGACGCUGAAGCCGAAGCGCCGGUGGAAGAGGGAGGAGUUACGGACGACGAUGGCCCGCGUGAGCGCAUUAGCGAGGAGAAGUCGGCAGACAACCUGCGUGCACUGUGUGAAGAAGCCUCUGGGGAACGUGAGGAAAGGCACGAAGAGGCGACGAACGGUGUGUGCGUCGAAGCGGACGCCUCGCAGCAGGUGGAGUGCCGCAUCGUGGUGAGCCCCGAACCGGAGGACGAAGCGGAGGCGCAACAGGGGAAGGAGCGACCUCCCGUCAACGGCAGCGGCAGCGCCUCCAACGACGAGGACGACGACUCGCGGCCGCAGCGUGUCCGCCGCUGCUCGUCCCUAAAGAGCGGCAAGACUCCCCCCGGCACGCCGGGCCGCAAGAAGAUCGUGCGCUUCGCCGACGUUCUCGGCCUCGACCUGGCCGACGUGCGAACCUUCCUCGACGAGAUCCCCAAGAUCCCCAGCUCCGCCUACGACGACCUGCGCGACGUCGACCUGGGCACCUCGGCGCCCAGCUUCCUGCCGGCGCCGACGACGACUAUACUGGGAGAUUCCCAGCAGCAAUCGUUCGCGUUCCCCACCGCCCGCACGCUGGUGCCCCUGUUCCAGCAGCCUUGGACGCAGCCGGACUUCUUGGACCGUGUGCGCGACAGACAGGUGUGCCUGGAGAGCGCCACGCUGCAGGACCCGGCGCUGCUGUCGCUGAGCGGCGUGGUGCGCGUGCGCAACCUGGACUUCCACAAGUCGGUGCACGUGCGCUACACGAUGGACGGCUGGCGCACGUGGGCGGACGUGCAGGCGCGCUACGUGGACGGCUCGUGCGACGGCUUCUCGGACCGCUUCUCGUUCGUGGUGUACGCGGACGCGCUGCCCGCCGGCGGCCGCCUCGAGCUGGCCGUGCGCUUCCAGUGCCGCGGCGCGCAGUUCUGGGACAGCAACGGCGGCGCCAACUACGCCUUCCAGUGCGUCGCCUCCGCCGCCGCCCCCGCGGUCGAGCCGCUCAGCCCCGUCGACGACCGCUGGCCGUCCUUCUACUAGCGGCCCCCGGGGGCGCGCCAUCGCCUCCACAGCCAUGUCACGGCGCCGGCCGCUACUGGCGAGACACCUAGCGGCGCGGCUCGCAACCCGGCCGCAAGGCUCGGCUACUCCGCAGCCUACAACGUCGUACAUAACCACCAUUGUAUACCCUCACCUUCUGCAGUCACAUUUUAAGCCGAAUGUAAAGUAUUGUUUAGUUACUGUCAGCGUGACAAAAGUGAGAAUGGAGCGCGUGCAAUGGCAACUGACAAAUUGGAUAAUCAUUCGGGACGCGGUCCGCCAGAAGAUUCCUCGUGGUGUAACUCCACUAGAAACUCGAUCAGUUUCAAGGCCUAAAGAUCAGCAUCAGCUGUUGCCCAGUUAAUGCAAACACUGCGUAAAAACGAAUAGUUAAACAUCGCGAAUGUGCAAAAAGUAUAUCGAGAAUUCUAAUUCGACACACUUAUUCAGCUCCGUACAAUUCUCAUAGGAACAGUAUCUCAACAGAAACAGAAGUUACUGUGUUAUAUGCAAAAGACCGAGAAAGAUUCAGAGUGGCUGGUACAUACGUGACAAGUAUCCCAUAUUCUAAAAGUUAAUUGAUAGAAAGAUAUUUUUGCACAAAAGCGCCUGUUAAGUUUCUAUACCAUUUUCGAAGAUAGUAUGUUUUAUGGCGAUCGGGAGAUCUAAAGUACAUGAGAUACUUUGGUUGUGUGGCUGUUGUGUGGGGAACGGAAGAUGGAGAGAGGGAGUGGGAGAGGGGAUGGGGACGACGGAGGGGGGAGGGGGUGAGCAAGGUAUAUAUAUAUUUUCAUUCACUCGUAGCUGUGCCAGGAUCGAGUUCGUAUUUGAUUUCAUCGUCGGUGUUUCGUCGUGAAAUAAAGGCAGACGAUGAAAGGUUUUAUACUUAUUCUUUGUGCUCGGAUUAGCAUGUGCUGCCGCAUACUGAGCGAAUACUAUUGUUGUGAAUUCAUUUGCUAUUAAACUCAGAGUUGAGAAACAAAACGUGAAAGAUAUUUCGAUGUGGAAAACAAAACUGAGCAAAAAGAUAUAUAAUCGAACAUCUUGCACGUUAAAGGUUAUUGACAUAUAGUACAGAUAGUACACAACUGGUUGACAUUUUGCGAGUGAUGGUCCUCAGUUUAUUGUUUGGGGAGUCCUGUGGCAGAUAUGGAGUCGCAGUCAGAAGUACAAAAUGUCCGAGUGCCAUUGUGAAGUCGAAAGCAGUAUAGACACGAACAGCUGAAACUUAACGCAACAUAGGGUGAUUUCAACUGAUACUGGUUCAUAGAAUUGGUUGCUAUCAACGCGGUUUCUUGUUUUGAACUUAAAUAGGUUCACAGGCUGUAUCUAUGGGUUGGUAACUCUGACAGCUGGUCAGGGCUUCCCCAUAUGCUCUUCACAACGGAAGAAAUGAAUUUCAGUGUCACUGUAUAUAUGUAGAUGAUAUCGCGAUCUGGGACUGCCGUCAUACUAACAGUGCGUCAGUACUCGAAGACUGAAUAAUACACUAGUUUACAUUAUAGAUAUUGAUUGGUAUAAAUACUUUUACGUUGGUCUGAUUUAUAGCUUUAAUUUAUCUUAAACUGAUAAAGUUACAGUUAGGUAGUUCUGUUCAGAAAUGCGCUCACUUUCAAAGAAGAGGAACUGAAGGGAGAGUAGUAAAUAGAAAUUAACAAAAUCUUAGCCCAAUUCAUGCACUAACACACGUCCAUAUUGACACUGAAACGAUAACCUCAUAACACCUCCAUAAUAACGUUGGGCCAACAGUGACACCUUCUUGAAGACGUGAUCACAGACAAUACUUACCAUAUCACAAACAUGACUAUACUACAUUGUUGCAGAUUGUUAAUAUUUAACCAUUCAAAGAAUCAAUUACAUAAUAAGAGCAGCAAAUAAAAUUUCCUUGCAGUACAGUAGAGAGAAUUAUUUAAAAUGUUUUUUAUAAAUUAUUUCGAAAUAUUUUUGUACUUCAUUAUACUGACUAUUGGUCUGAUGAAUGAUUUGAGAGACAUGUUUUACCCAUUGUGUAUAUCAGUUGACAAAACUGCAAUAUAUGACUAGUGGUAGUUCUUGACUGUUAAUAAUUUUCAGCAAGGAAAUAAACUGCGAAUAUAUGUACAUAUAGACAAUUAAAUAGCAGUUGCAAGUAAGACGUCUAGCGUUUUAGCAUAAACCUUCACCGCAGAGCAGUAAUAAUGAAUCUGCCUUACUUUUUAAAAUUGGUUUCUCAGGUGUAGGAAAUAAGAGUUCCUUCCUAUGGGCUAAUAUUCAACUGUUUCUAACAGACAGUAGUUCUCCCAUUUUAUUUAGUUAUCUCUUCAUCUGUUUUUUAUGCAGUGGCCAAAGCUUUUAUUUUUAUAGGAUUCUCAGAUUUCCUUGAAAAUUUAAUUUUGUACGUCUGUUAUGGAAAGAGCGAGUACUAAUGAAUAUUUUCAGUGGUGAAGAUUAACAGUUUUGAAGUAUUCUGUACUUUAUAGUUGAGGGGUGGUUAAAGUAAUUAUACUGCGGGUCAUUAAUUGAAACACCAAAGCAUAGAGUUUAUUAAAUUGUUGUUCUCAGAUGUUUAUAACGCACUAAUAAAUGAAUAUAAUGCAAUUGAAAUGUGUAUUAGAUAUAUGUGUACAAAUUUACACAGCCAGUCAGUUUGAAUAAAAUUCUUCUGGGAUUGUGGUCACGUUGUGUUGUGAUUUUGGGAGAAGGAACUUUAUAUUAACUGAAAAUGGAAUUUAAACGCUGCCUAAGAAUACACUGAAAGACAGCACCAACAUUUGACGUAAUGAAACAGGUGGGUAGCACUUAAUAAAAAAAUUAACAGAUUGUAAGUUAAGAGCAUCUUCCAUCACCUUCUCAGAAACUUUUAAAAUUCUAUUGUCAGUUCAUGUUUUUAUCGGUGUAUUUCACAACAUGGUGCCCUCAGAAACCCAGGGACUUUUAUUGGAACUGUGUGUUCAAUAUUUUUGUGAUUGAAGGUAUAUAAAUUAGAAUUUAGGUAUCUGAUGGCUAAGAAAAGUCAUGUGCUCUACUUUCUGCAUCUUGAUGUGACAAAUAGUUCUAUAUGCAAAACAUAAUAAAUUUCAAAAUGUGUUCCUAUUUAUUAAAACGUUAUUUUACUAGGGGUUUAUCGAUCAAUAAAAAAUGUUAUUCUAAAUGUUAUCACGUAAAUUAUAUAUUGCUGCGAAGCAAACAGAUGUUGCAACAGUUGCUGAAAGCAUGUUACAGAGCCAGCCAUCGUAUGAUUGGAUUAGUAGAUUUGAAAGAAAUGUUACAUCUGAGAGCAGCCUUUCCAAGUGACACGAUGUGUUAUCUGGUUACGUCAAUAUUGAUAAAAAAUGUCUUGGUAAGCUUUUGUUCAAGUUGUGUUUGUGUGUGCCUGUGUGUGUCUGGUUACAGCAUAGUUCUUAUUAAUCGAAAAAAACUAUUAAAGUAGGAGGCUUUAUCUCAUGAUCUUUCACUCCGUUUUAAGGAAUUUAAGAUUCUUCAGUAAGCAAUAUCUAGUUACUAAAGUCAUUUUGAAACUUCUGUUUACUGACUUGGAAACCAUAAGGCUUCCAUUAUCAUUAAAAAAAAAAUAAGAAAAUUGUACCUGAGCCAUACAGAAAUAUGUGCUGUUAAAUAUCUGGAAAUAAAGUCUAUUCUUAAAA